AUGCUGAGGUCCUUCUCCUGGUUUUCCCCAUCCCGCUGGGGUCCCUGCCAGAAGUGGCCUGGGGGUGUGCAUGCUGGGAAGCAGCACCCUGCGGGUGCGGGGCUGUUGUAUGAGUCUCUUCCUGUGCAGGAAUCCAGUACCGCUGAGCAAGCACCAGUCAGCCCCUCAACUAGCACGGAGACGGGGGACUCCAGCCCCGACCUCCUGGAGACGAGGGACUCCAGCCCCGACCUCCUGGAGACGAUGAUGGAGGAGUGGGAAGAGGCCGGAGGCGAGCCACCCACAGUCUGCGAGGACGACACUGUCCCCCCUAAGCGGAGCCUUUCCCCACGGACACGCCAGGCCCUGCGGCAGGUGGUGACGUGCAUCCUGGGGCAGGUCACCCGCAAGCGCAGGGGGCAGAGGGAUGACCAGACGGAUCUGCAGGACAAGCUCAAGUGCGAGCUGGCAGUGCUGCAGUGGCGUCGGUUGGGGCAAGAGGCAUGCAGCAGCCCACAGCUGCGGGAAGCUGGACCCCAACCUGCACCCCCUGCUAGGGCAGGGAAGAGGAGGGCAGGACCGGCGCAGCCCCGCGUGUGCACGGAGGAGGAAGGACGCAAGCUCUGGGACUCCUUGCGCAAGAAGUGCCAGCAGAAGGCAAGGGCAAAAGUGGCACCCCCGAAGGCUUGGAAAGACAAGCGAGAGCCAUGGGAGGCCCAGGUGCUGCAGGCGGUGAAAAACAAUGAGGAAAAGAGUAUUCCUGUCCUGCGGGGAGCCAAGGGCUCCUGCGUUCGUGGCACUCCAGAGUGGUGGGGAGAGGGCAGAAAAGGGCCAUCCGCGGGGGAUGAGGAGAGCCCAGAGGACAAGCUGAGUCUCUGCCUUUUGGAGUCCUCACCUCUGAAAAGCCCUGCGGAGCAGAUCUGGUCCACGUCGGCGAGUGCCAGGAGAGCCUCUCGGGCACAGAGGCUCCCGAGAGAGAUGUCCAGCAAGAGCCUCCUCCAGCAUGACGAGCGCCAGUGCCGGCCAGCCAGGCUGUUAACACCAAUGCUUCCGUCUGUUCAGUAAAGCCCCAUCUGCAAACCACUG